UCAUCUCUCUCUCUCUCUGAACAUUCAAACAACAAAUAUAGAAAUGUGAAGUAAGCGAAGCAACAAACAACAGCAAAAGAGAGAAGACGAGAGAAGGAACAAAACUGAAACGUGCCUCCAUUUCUUAAAACCUAAAUCCUUUGUGGUACAAACUACAAAGGACAACAACAACACAAUCUCUCUCUCUCUUAAAUGCCAAAGGUUUUCUUUUUAAUUUCUCUUCGUCUUCUUCCUCCUCUCUCUCUCUCUCUCUCUCUCUCUCUCUAAAUACUUCUCACAAAUCUGGGCAUUGUUUUCAUUUCGUUCACUAAGUCUGUUUACCUCUUAAAAGAUUCAAUCUUUAGGUUUGUGCUUUGAUUGAGAGAGGAAUUUGAAGUAAUUUAGGUAACAAGAAGAGAACAAAAUUUCAUUUUUUUGUGAUGGUGGGGGCGAUGGCAAACAAUGGAAGAAUCCGGUCAGCUUCUCCGGUGACUAAUGGGUCAAAAGAUCUGACUCCGAACAGUGCUCCGGCGAGCACAACGGGAUCUGAAUAUGGUCCUGUUGAGUUCACUAGAGAAGACGUUGAGACUCUUCUUAAUGAACGAAUCAAGUACAAGAGCAAAUUCAACUACAAGGAACGAUGUGAGAACAUGAUGGAAUAUAUAAAAAGGCUUAGACUUUGCAUUAGGUGGUUUCAAGAACUCGAGUUGGAUUAUGCGUUUGAGCAAGAGAAGUUGAAGAAUGCGUUGGAAUUGAAUGAGAAGCAUUGUGCUGACAUGGAGGUUAGUUUGAGAAACAAAGAAGAGGAACUGAAUAUGAUAAUUGAAGAGCUGAGGAAAAACUUUGAAUCUGUUCAAAUGCAACUUGCCAGGGAACAAACGGAGAAGUUGGCUGCGAAUGAUUCUCUUGGAAACGAGAAAGAAACAAGACUUGCUGUUGAAAAGGCACAAGCUGGUCUUGUAGAAGAGCUAGGAAAAACACAAGGAGAUCUUCAAACGGCUAACCAGAGGAUACAAUCGGUAAAUGACAUGUACAAACUGUUGCAAGAGUAUAACUCAAGCUUGCAGCUGUAUAACAGCAAGCUACAAGGUGAUCUUGAUGAAGCUCAUGAAACUAUAAAACACGGUGAGAAAGAAAGGACUGCCAUUGUCGAAAAUAUUGGCAACUUGAAGGGUCAAUUUUCAGCGUUACAGGAUCAGCUUGCUGCUUCUAAGGCUUCUCAAGAAGAUAUCAUGAAGCAGAAAGGUGAACUGGUAAACGAAAUUGCGAGUCUCAAAGUCGAGCUUCAGCAGGCCAAGGAAGACCGUGAUCGCCAUUUAGUGGAAGUACAAACCUUACAAACCGAGGCAACCAAGUACAAUGACUUCAAAGACACCAUAACUGAACUUGAGACUACAUGUUCGUCCCAGAGUACUCAGAUACGAGAGUUACAGGAUCGACUAGUGUCUUCUGAGAGGCGACUGCAGGUGUCUGAUCUAACUACCUUUGAGAAAAUAAAUGAGUUUGAAGACCAGAAGCAAAGCAUUAUCGAUCUGAAAAGUCGAGUAGAAGAAGCAGAACUUAAACUCGUUGAAGGGGAAAAACUACGGAAGAAGUUGCACAAUACCAUUCUUGAAUUGAAAGGCAAUAUACGUGUGUUCUGUAGAGUUAGACCUCUAUUGCCGGGUGAGAAUAAUGGUGAAGAGGGAAAAACUAUUUCUUACCCGACAUCUCUAGAAGCACUUGGUCGCGGUAUUGACUUGAUGCAAAAUGCGCAAAAGCAUUCUUUCACAUUUGAUAAGGUGUUUUUGCCAACUGCAUCACAACAAGACGUUUUCAUAGAGAUUUCUCAACUUGUUCAAAGUGCUCUCGAUGGUUAUAAGGUGUGCAUUUUUGCAUAUGGACAGACUGGGUCGGGGAAAACUUUUACAAUGAUGGGUAGACCAGGAAACCCCGAGGAGAAAGGGCUGAUCCCACGUUCUUUGGAGCAAAUAUUUGAAACGAGGCAGUCUCUUCGAUCUCAGGGUUGGAAAUAUGAAUUGCAGGUAUCUAUGUUGGAAAUAUACAAUGAAACGAUCCGAGAUCUCUUGUCAACAAACAAAGAAGCAGUCAGAACAGACAAUGGUGUUUCUCCACAGAAACAUGCUAUUAAACAUGACGCUAGUGGAAACACGCAUGUUGCUGAGCUUACUAUUUUGGAUGUUAAAAGCUCUCGGGAGGUUUCAUUCCUCUUAGAUCAUGCUGCUCGUAACAGAUCGGUGGGGAAGACUCAGAUGAAUGAGCAAUCGUCUAGAAGCCAUUUUGUUUUCACACUAAGAAUCUCUGGUGUUAACGAGAGCACUGAGCAACAAGUACAAGGUGUCUUGAACCUGAUUGAUCUUGCGGGGAGUGAGCGUUUAUCGAAGAGUGGAUCAACCGGAGAUAGACUUAAAGAAACUCAAGCAAUCAACAAAAGUUUGUCGUCUCUAGGCGAUGUCAUAUUCGCCUUAGCAAAGAAAGAAGAUCAUGUACCAUUCCGAAACUCAAAGCUCACAUAUCUUCUCCAGCCUUGCUUAGGCGGUGACUCGAAGACGCUAAUGUUUGUGAACAUUGCUCCGGAAUCUUCUUCAACCGGUGAGUCUCUUUGCUCUCUUAGAUUCGCAGCAAGAGUGAAUGCUUGCGAGAUUGGAACACCACGUAGGCAGACUAACAUCAAGCCGUUGGAAAGCCGUUUGAGCCUUGGAUGAGAGAAAGAAAGAGAGAUGGGAUUUGACGUUUGAAGCUUUUAGCUUCAUUUAUUAAGUUAAUUAUAAUGAAUGUUUGUACUUAAAAAUAUGGUCACGACUGGAUGAAGGAUGGGGAUGAUUCUAACAAGAAAACAUGAAGACCUUUUGUUGUAAUUUGUAUAGUUUGGUUUAGCAUUUUAAUAUCUGUUUGUUUCUGUAAUUCAUUUUUUCUUUUUUUGGACAAUAAGUAGGAUUUUUCUUCCUGAUGUUCAAAUUCAUAUUAAUCUUUUGUGGGAUUCAAAUAAUAUUUAUAACUCUUUCUUGUGUCUGGAA